AUGCUGGAUCACCGAGCCAGGAUGGAGAGCGGCAGGAAGGAGAAGGUGGAGCAGAUCCUGUCGGAGUUUCGGCUGAAGGAGGAGGACCUGAAGAAGGUGAUGUACCGGAUGCAAAAAGAGAUGGACCGAGGGCUAAAGCUGGAGACGCACGAGGAAGCCUCCGUCAAAAUGCUGCCCACCUACGUCCGCUCCACACCCGAGGGCUCAGAGGUCGGAGAUUUCCUGUCGCUGGACCUCGGCGGCACCAAUUUCCGCGUGAUGCUGGUGAAAGUGGGCGAGGGGGAGGAAGGGCAGUGGAAGGUGAAGACGAAGCACCAGAUGUACUCCAUCCCGGAGGACGCCAUGACGGGGACGGCCGAGAUGCUCUUCGACUACAUCUCCGAGUGCAUCUCCGAUUUCCUGGACAAGCACCAGAUGAAGCACAAAAAGCUGCCCCUGGGCUUCACCUUCUCCUUCCCCGUGCGGCACGAGGACAUCGACAAGGGCAUCCUCCUGAAUUGGACCAAGGGCUUCAAAGCCUCCGGCGCGGAAGGGAACAAUGUGGUCGGGCUCCUGAGAGAUGCCAUCAAACGGCGAGGGGACUUCGAGAUGGACGUGGUGGCGAUGGUGAACGACACGGUGGCCACGAUGAUCUCCUGCUACUACGAAGAUCACCGGUGCGAGGUUGGGAUGAUUGUGGGGACGGGCUGCAACGCCUGCUACAUGGAGGAGAUGCAGAACGUGGAGCUGGUGGAGGGCGACGAGGGGCGGAUGUGCGUCAACACGGAGUGGGGGGCCUUCGGCGCCUCGGGGGAGCUGGACGAGUUCCUCCUGGAGUACGACCGCGUGGUGGACGAGACCUCACUUAACCCCGGUCAGCAACUCUACGAGAAGAUCAUCGGGGGGAAGUACAUGGGGGAGAUCGUCCGGCUGGUGCUGCUGAAGCUGGUGGACGAGAACCUGCUCUUCAACGGGGAGGCCUCCGAGAAGCUCAAGACCCGCGGGACCUUCGAGACCCGCUUUGUGUCGCAGAUCGAGAGCGACUCCGGCGACCGCAAGCAGAUCUACAACAUCCUGACGGCCUUCGAGCUGCUGCCCUCGGGGAUGGACUGUGACAUCGUGCGGAUGGUCUGCGAGAGCGUCUCCACCCGCGCCGCCCAGAUGUGCUCGGCCGGGCUGGCCGGCGUCAUCAACCGCAUGCGGGAAAGCCGGAGCCAGGAGACCCUCAAAAUCACCGUGGGGGUCGACGGCUCCGUCUACAAGCUCCAUCCCAGCUUCAAGGACCGCUUCCACGCCACGGUUCGGCAGCUGACGCCCGGCUGCGACAUCACCUUCAUCCAGUCGGAGGAAGGCAGCGGCCGCGGGGCCGCGCUCAUCUCGGCCGUCGCCUGCAAAAUGGCCUGCAUGAUGGGGCAGUGA